GUCAAAUACGUAGUAGUCUUUUGAAGCCCUGAGGUCGCCGAGAAUCAGUUAGUUGUUUUCCACAUUUCGAUUUGUCGACACACACAACACAACAAUGGCCACAAAAGAGGAAUAUGUGCGCAAUGACCUGGAUGCGGAGUUCGAAAACUUUUGGGACACGGUCAGUUGCUUUGCAGCCAACUCCUUUCCCUUCGAGGAGCGCUGUGCCUUUGUGCGGAAGGCCAAGGACUGCAACCGGAGCACCAAUGUGCUGCCCUACAUGAGGAUCCUGGCCUGCGAUCUGAAUUGCGUCAACGAAUUCGAGCAGUUGAUCUUCCUCACAAUGUUUUUGGGGCUCUGUUUUGUGAUUCUGCUCCUGCUGAUCCACGUCUGCACCAAGUACUACAGUCCGGCCCUGAAGGCCGUGUCGAAAUUCAUGCGUAUGAACGAGCACUUGGCGGGCGUGACCUUGUUGGCCUUUGGGAACAGCUCCGCCGACCUCUUCUCCAACCUGGCCAGCGUAAAUGCGGAUGUGCCCGUGUUUGCCAAUAGCUUGUCCGCUGCCCUGUUUGUGUCCAUGGUUUCAGGUGGGUUGAUCUGCUACAUGUAUCCCUUCAAGAUGAAUGCCUACGAGAGUGUCCGGGACAUUUUGUUCCUUAUCCUGGGAACGACGUUGCUGCAAUACUUUCUGGAGACCGAUAACCAGGUUUCCGAAUCGGAAUUCAUAUGUAUGUUUUUCGUAUACAUAUUUUACAUAGUGGUGAAUGUGGUAGAUGUGUACCUAAUUCGGCGGGCUCUAAUAACAACAAAUGCUCAAAUCGAUGCCAUUUUGGAGGGCGAACUGACCCCGUCAAAAAGAAAGCGGCUGAGCGAACUGGAGAAGCAACAGCAGGGUUACACCCGUGACAUGGAAGUUGAGAUUUUCGAGAAGAAGAACUCGGAUCCCAACAUAAACAAAGUGCGGUACACAACCCUGCGAAUGACCCGAAACACUCGCAUUAGCGUGGACAAAAAGCAUACUCGAAAUGUGAGGCACAACAGGACGCUGGGAAAGAACUGGGGACUAUGUAAGGACUUCUUCUUGGCCUUGAGACCCUUUACUUGCGAGAAGUGGCGGAAAGCCUUCAUGGUCGAGCGGGCCAUCAUGUUAUUGCAGAUUCCGGGUGUGAUGCUGUGCAGCAUCUACAUCCCCCUGGUGGACUACGAAAUGGAAAAACAUGGCUGGAACAAGCUCUUGAACUGCAUUCAAGUGAUGCUCAAUCCGGCGAUGUCCAUUAUAGUCAUCAAAGCCCUGAUAAGCUCCAGGGGCAACUCGUUGUGGUACGUCGCCAUAAGCGAGGAAUACAUUUACGGAGUAUACUCGCUUCCCAUAACCUUGCCCAUAGCCAUUUUUAUGUUCUUCCAAUCCCGAACCGAUGUGCCACCAUUUUACCAUUCGGUUUUUACUGUAAUGAAUCUGACCGGCUCCAUGCUCAUGAUCUUUAUUUGCGCCACUGAAAUAGACAAGGUCCUGGAGGUGAUGGGUCAUAUUUUGGAGGUCGAGGAGGACUUCAUGGGCGCCACGGUGAAGGCCUGCACAGGGAGCCUCGGUCCUCUGAUCGCCAACAUCGCAAUGGCCCUGCACGGCUAUCCAAAGAUGGCCUACGCCUCUGCCAUCGGAGGACCCUUCUUCAGAAUAAAAAACGGAUCAACGGAUUUCGUUAUACUCGUACAUGCUCGACUUGUAAGCAAUGAAUCCACCGGAUUGCGCAUCCGCCGUGUUGCUUUCAAGCUGCGGCUCUUCACACCUCUGCGAUGACAAGGCGGCUAAGUCAAAUGUGAGUCGGCGCUAAUUGCAGGAAAGCCGCAGACACGAGGGCAAGACUCCUGGCAGCCGAUUCAUUAGCCCCCACAAGAGCACACAGCCACGCCCCACGGCUUUGCAGACAUGGGCGGGAAGUGACCUACAAUGGCUGCAGCAACUGCAACACACAGAAACUGGGCUCUCCUGGCACUUGACAUUAAUUAGGGCUUGCAUAAUUCACUGGUACACCUGUAAAUGUUACUGUUUCGGCUGGACAACUUGGCGUAUACGCACUCGCAGCCCGUCCACUGGCUAAUUGAGUUAUAAUGCUAAGCGGCAAUUUAUGGCCAGCUGUAUUAGCAGGGUCCAGAACUGCAGACCGUCUCCAGGCAUAAAUCUUCCUCCUCGAGCUAUUUAAUAUGGUGUGCACUCGGUCCAUAAAUAAAUGUUGCCCUCGCCGGUCUGAAAUAUUUUCCAUUUAA